CAGCAUAAAUGCACAUUCAAUCAGCUUAAAGAUGGAGAAAGAAGGAUAUGAAGUAAGAUCCACGACGUCAAAGAAAUCUAGCCGCUCUUCCACUGCUAGCGUAAUGUUAGCCGCCGCUACUGCCCGUGCUAAAGCUGAAGCUGCCCAAAAAAGAGCUGAGUUUGCAAAGAAGGAAGUUGAAUUUAAAAUAGAAAGAGCCAAAUUAGAUGCAAAGCUUGAUGUUCUAGCAAAAGAAAGUGAAGCUGAGGCCGCAGCCGCUGAAGCAGCUGUCUUGGAGUCUGCUGUUGCAAAUUUUGACAUGAGUGAUGAGCACCUGAGCUUACCAAAGGAGACACAGAGUUCUCAUGAGCGAACUACAGACUAUGUCAAUAUGCAUCAGGCACGCAGUGAUUCAGUCAAAUCAAAGGACGUCAAAAUAGAAAAAGGCGAGUAUGCAAAUCGACCUAAGCCACCGGACAUGUCACCGGAUGAACUGCCCUCAGCACCAAAGGACCAUGGCUCCCUCAGACCCCCUGAUCAAAGACAUUACUCACCUGAAAAGCAAGGACAACAGUUACACUCUGGUAACUAUCAGCAGCACCUCAGCCAUGUCUCACCAGGGUUUACACCGCCCUCUGCUGGACGUUUUCAGUACUACCCUCCAGAUCCAAAUUCCUCUAGGGACUCUAAUGAGCUUGCCAAAUAUUUAAUGAGAAGUCAGUUGUUAACCUCUGAACUCACCAAGUUUGAUGACAAGCCUGAGAACUAUUUAUCUUGGAAGGCAUCUUUCAUAAACGCCAUUGACACUCUAGAGCUUAGGGCGUCUGAACAAAUCGACCUCCUCGUGAAAUCGCUUGGCCCAGAAUCUACCAAGCAUGCACAUUGCAUUAAAGCUGUAAACAUAACAAACCCAGCUGUGGCAUUAGAGCUAAUCUGGGAGAGGCUAGAAGAAAUCUAUGGGUCGCCAGAAGCCAUUGAAAGUGCUCUUUUCGCCAAACUUGAUCAAUUUCCUAAAAUAGGGCCCAGAGACAAUCAAAAACUAAGAGAGCUUAGUGAUCUGUUGCAGGAGAUAAAUGCAGCAAAACAAGAAGGGUACUUGCAUGGACUCUCCUAUCUCGAUACAGCGCGAGGUGUCGCUCCCAUUGUGGAUAAGCUGCCGUAUGGGAUACAAGACAAGUGGAUGAUGGAAGGCUCACACUACAAGCAGCGGCACAAGGUGACCUUCCCUCCAUUCACGUUCUUCUUACAGUUCAUACAGACACAAGCAAAGGCACGCAACGAUCCAAGCUUCAAUCUGCUGUCAACCUGCAACUCUGGAGUUAAAAGGGACAAACUUGGAGAUGGUUACAGCAACAACCGCAGGUCAGUUUCAGUGCAUAAAACCAACAUUACAGCCAUAUCUGAGGAAGGACCGGACAAACGUUGUCCUGUGCACAACAAACCUCACGCCUUACAACAGUGCAGAAGCUUCAGAGAAAAGCCAAUUCAGGAACGAAAGGCAAUAUUAAAGCAACACAACAUCUGUUUCAAGUGCUGUGCUUCUAACAAACAUGUAGCUCGCGACUGUCAAGCAGAAAUCAAAUGCUCUGAAUGUAACAGUGAUAAGCACCCAACAGCUCUGCAUUCAGAUGUUCCUCGCUUUCCCAAAGCUCUUCAGCCCCCAGCAAGUCACGGCGGGGAGAAACAAGAACUACAAGAGACUGCAGUUGUUUCAAGUUGCACUGAGGUAUGUGGGGAAGGAUUUUCUGGGAAAUCUUGCUCAAAAAUAUGCCUGGUUAAUGUUUACCCUGCCAACGAUCCUAGUAAUCGCCAGAGAAUGUAUGUCAUGCUAGAUGACCAGAGUAACGUUUCACUAGCACGCUCUGAGUUUUUUGACAUGUUCGAGGUUAAUGGUAAGGCAGAGCCAUACACCCUCCAGACAUGCAGUGGCAUAGGUCUCACUUCUGGCAGAAGAGCCUCUGGGUAUAUGAUAGAGGCAAUCGAUAGCUCCCUCGCUAUUCAGCUGCCCAUGUUAAUUGAGUGCAACAUGAUUCCCAACAAAAGAGAGGAAAUUCCCACUCCAUCUGCGGCUUACGCACACAGUCACCUCAAAGGCAUAGCACACAAAAUACCACCCUUGGACAGUGGUGCAGACAUUUUGCUGUUGCUUGGAAGAGACAUUUUGAGAGUUCAUAAAGUGCGCAGUCAGAUCAAUGGUCCGCACAAUGCACCAUACGCACAGAGACUGGACUUAGGCUGGGUGAUAAUAGGAGAUGUAUGCUUAGGCAAUACUCAUAAGCCUUCCCAAGUCUCUACGUUUAAGACUCAUGUUCUAUCGGAUGGAAGGCCAACUCAUUUUUCCCCGUGUGAAAGCCACUUUACUGUCAAGCCAGACACCAGUCUCUUAAAUCGACACUUAGUACUUGGUGGUUCAAACAUAAAGGACAGAACACAAAACAGAACUAUAGGAAACAAUGUUUUCUGCCAGACCAAGGACGACAAUAAGCUUGCACCCUCCAUAGAAGAUCUGCAGUUCCUGAAUAUCAUGGACAAUGAGUGUUUCCAGGAUGAGUCACAAAGCUGGGUGGCUCCACUGCCGUUCCGCCAGCCCAGAGCACUGCUGCCUAACAAUCGCCGCUACGCACUCAGUCGCCUCAAGUCACUUGAACGAACUUUAGAUAAAAACCCAGAAAUGAAAGCUCACCUGAUAGACUUUAUGCAGAAAAUGUUGGACAAUGGGCACGCGGAGCUCGCACCCCCAUUACAAGAGAACAAAGAGUGUUGGUAUCUGCCCUAUUUUGGAGUGUACCAUCCUCAAAAGCCGUCACAAAUUCGAGUGGUAUUUGACUCCAGCGCACAGUUUGAAGGUAUGUCGCUCAACACAGUGCUGUUAUCAGGACCUAAUCUGAACAACAGUCUAUUAGGUGUGCUAGUAAGGUUCAGAAAACAUCCAGUCGCAGUAACCGCAGAUAUCCAGCAGAUGUUCUAUUGCUUCCUGGUGCGCGAGGACUGCAGAGAUGUACUGAGGUUUGUCUGGCACAAAGACAAUGAUCCACAGAAAGAGCUCGUGGAUUACAGGAUGUGCGUGCAUGUAUUUGGAAACAGCCCCUCGCCCGCUGUAGCCACAUAUGGUUUGAGGAGGGCUGCGCAAAAGGGAGAAGCCAAAUACGGGUCAGAUGUUCGCCAUUUCAUUGAGCGUGAUUUUUAUGUUGAUGAUGCUUUAAAGUCUGACCCCACCGAACAUGAUGCUAUCAACCUCCUGAAACGGACACAAGACAUGCUAGCAGACUCAAACCUUCGCCUCUUAAAAAUAGCAUCAAAUAAGGUUGAAGUGAUGGACGCAUUCUCACCUCAAGACCGAGCCAAGGAUCUCCAAAAUCUGGACCUGUUCAAGGAUGAACUCCCAGAUCAGCGCAGUCUUGGGGUAAAGUGGAAUAUAAUGGAGGACUAUUUCACUUUUCACAUUCCUCACGCUGAAAAGCCAUAUACACGAAGAGGAGUCCUUUCAACUGUGAACAGUGUGUUUGACCCGCUCGGGUUUUUGGCCCCAGUCACCGUUCGAGGACGUCUGCUUCUAAGAGAGUUGUCGCUACAGACAACAGAGUGGGACUCACCUCUCCCAGAGGAUCUGAAAGGCAGAUGGAUAGAAUGGCAACAGUCCCUCCAAUGCCUCAGCAAAGUCAACGUUCCACGCACUUACACUAAAAUGUCACUGUCACAGGCUAAAUGUGUAGAACUUUGUGUCUUUUCAGAUGCGUCCAUGAAGGCAAUAUGUGCAGUUUCAUACCUCAAGGUCACCACUGGGGAUGGCAAGACAGAGGUUGGGUUUGCCCUAGGUAAGGCACGACUCGCUCCACAGCCAGAGCUCACUGUACCUAGGCUCGAACUCUGCGCCGCAGUAAUGGCGGUUGAAAUGGCAGAGGUCAUAUGUGAAGAGAUUGAUCACCCUAUAGACAAAACCAGUUUCUAUACAGACAGCAAGGUGGUUCUUGGUUAUAUUCACAACCAAUCCAGACGUUUUUAUGUCUAUGUAAACAAUCGUGUGUGUCGUAUUAGAGAGUCAACUACUCCAGAGCAAUGGCAUUUCGUUACGACCGACCAGAAUCCUGCUGACCACGGCUCACGAUCAGUUCCAGCUGCUGAGUUAGAACACACGACAUGGUUCACAGGUCCAGCGUUUCUCCAGUGCCCUUCAUACAUCCGUCUAGAGCAGACUGAUUACAAAUUGCUGGACCCAGACAACGACACAGAGGUGCGCCCAGAGGUAAAGACACUUUGCACUAACAUAACAAAGGAAGUUUUGGGCUCAGGACGUUGGGAGCGUUUCUCCACAUGGCGCUCACUUCGGAAAACCAUGUCAAACUUGAUUCACAUCGCACAAUGCUUUUCACAAUCAAACGUUGAGCCAAACUGUAAAGGAUGGCACAUUUGUAAAACGGCCAUCACCCCAGAACUGUUAGAUCAAGCAGAGACAAUGAUCAUUAAAAAUGUGCAGUUUGAGACAUAUGCAGACGAGAUAAAGAGGAUCUCUGAAAAACAGAACCUCCCUAAAAACAGCCCGCUGGUAAAACUAAACCCUGUGAUUGGAAGUGACAAUCUGCUGAGAAUUGGUGGUCGCAUUAAUCGCGCGGGGCUGGGAGUAAAAGACACCAACCCAGUAAUCUUGCCAGGCAGUCACUACAUCACUACCCUCCUUGUGCGCCACCACCAUGAGAAAGUAAGCCAUCAAGGCAGGCAUUUUACAGAGGGCGCUGUCCGAGAAAGUGGCUUGUGGAUUGUAGGAGGGAAAGGAUGCAUUAGCAGAGUCAUAAGUAAAUGUGUGACAUGCAAGAAGCUGAGAGGGAAGUUUGAGGAGCAAUUAAUGAGUGAUUUGCCCGUAGAUCGCCUCCAAGUUGAGCCCCCCUUUUCUUACGUGGGCAUGGACAUGUUUGGCCCAUGGGAAGUAACUACAAGGCGAACAAGAGGGGGACAAGCAAACAGAAAGCGGUGGGCAAUAUUAUUCACGUGCCUGUGUACAAGGGCUGUCCACAUUGAAGUAGUGGAGGAGAUGAGCUCUUCAAGUUUCAUUAACGCACUGAGGCGUUUCUUCGCCCUCCGAGGACCCGCAAAACAACUGCGCUCGGACUGCGGCACUAAUUUCAUUGGUGCUCACAAAGAGAUGGCCACAAAUGCACCAGAGGACAAAGUGCAACACUUUCUGCAGGAUCAGAAGUGUUCCUGGGUUUUUAAUCCUCCCCAUUCUUCCCACAUGGGGGGAGUAUGGGAACGGAUGAUUGGUUUAGCACGGCGAAUACUUGAUAACAUGCUGCUGCAAACUGGUCAUGUUCAACUCACUCAUGAGAUUUUGACCACAUUUCUUGCAGAAGUCACAGCUAUAUUAAAUGCACGACCGUUGUUGCCAGUAUCAUCAGACCCAGAACAUCCUCACAUUCUCUCACCGGCGAUGCUGCUGACACAAAAGACUGGAGUUGUACCCACCAUCUGUGAUGAUGUAGGACCCAAAGAAAUGCUCAGAAGCCAUUGGAAGCGGGUUCAGUUCCUUGCAGACACUUUCUGGAGCAGAUGGCGCAAGGAGUAUCUGCACAGCCUCCAAAUUCGUCAAAAGUGGCACCACAAGAACAUUGACAUUAAACAGGGAGAUGUCGUUCUCCUCAAGGACAAACAAACAAGAAGAAAUGAGUGGCCAAUGGGCGUAAUCGUAAAGACAGUUGCGAGUGAAGAUGGAAUCAUCAGAAAGGCCGAAGUUAGAGUUGCUUCCAAGGGAAAUGUUAAGACUUAUUAUAGACCCAUUUCUGAAAUGGUUUUUCUGUUAUCUAGUGAUGUUUAGAUAUCUGUUGUGGUAUCCCUAAGAUACCAGGCGGGGAGUGUUCUGACUAUUGUCAAAAUUGUACAUGUUUUGUUUGGUUAGUGCACUGGCCCUUUAAGAGAAAGGCAUGGUCUGUGUGCGGACAGGGGAAGUGUAAAAGACUCAGACAAUCGACUGAUUAAUGUGAUCUAUGCUGUGAAAGGCUGAUAAAAAGGCAUUCCCUUUUCACACCUGCCAUAUAAAGCGAAGUCUAAACCCACUCUGGCGUCAGUGACUUUUGUGUGGAGGUGUUUAACUCCUGGAUAGUAGAAAGUGGUUCUACG